AUGUCUGAAGCCGAUACCACAGUGGGCCAGCUGGUGGAGCCCGCGGCCGAGGAGGUCACGGCCCCCGUCGAGGACCCAUCCACGGGUGAUGGCGCGACCCAGCCUGCUGGGGAGGAGGAGAAGGAAGCUGGGAACCCCGCUGCGCCUGACACCGAUGCGGCCGCUGCCACGGCUGCGGCAGUAGCAGCCAGGCUCAUCCAGCAGCACGAGGAGCAGGCCGGUGCUGUCUAUGGCUCCAACCCCUACGAUGUCAGCCAGACCGCUGCCGGCUUCGAAGGGUUCCCAGGCCCGGACGGCGCCGACGGGAACAACAAGCGCCCUCGGGAUGGUGAGGGCGUCGAGCACGAGGAGGAUGGCCCCGACAAGAAACGUGCCUCCACCAACUUCCUGAGCUCCGAGGGGCAGGCCGCGCCGGAGAACCCGGACGGCGCGGAGGGCGAGGCCUAUGGCAACCCCGGCCCCGGCCUGGGGGACUUCAGCACGAGCACCACCGCCAGCACCGUGUUCGACAUCCCCGCCAACAUGGUGGGCAAGCUGAUUGGGCGCAGCGGCGAGACCAUCCGGAACCUGCAGCUCAGCACCGACACGCGCAUCCAGGUGGACCACGAGGGCGGCGGCGACACGCGCCGCAUUACCAUCACCGGCAUGACGCAGGACCAGGUGGACCGCUGCCGGCGUGAGGUAGAGGGCCUGACCGGGGAAGAGGAGGUGCAGGAGACGAUGGAGUGCCCUGCCGGCAUCGUGGGGCGCAUCAUCGGGCGGGGCGGGGAGACCAUCCGCGCGCUGCAGUCUGCCUCCCAGGCCCACAUCACGGUGGACCAGAACUUCCCCGAGGGCCAGCCGCGCAAGGUGAUCAUCUCCGGCACCGCCGACGCCGCGCGCCGCGCGGUGGCCCUCAUUCAGGAGCUGAUCGUGGGCGAGGCCGGCUCCGCGCAGGCCAUCAUCCAGCGCGUCUGCGCCGAGAACGGCAUCGGCAAGAGCCACAGCUUCACCGUGCCCAAGGGCAUCGUGGGGCGCAUCAUCGGGCGCGGCGGGGAGACCAUCAAGCAGAUCCAGCGCGCCUCCCAGGCCACCAUCCAGAUCGAUCAGGGUGGCGACCCCUGCAACGUGACCAUCGCGGGGCAGCCCGCCGCCGCCGAGGCGGCCAAGCGCAUGGGCUACGGCGCCGCCGCAUACGGAGGCGGUGCGCAGGCGGGAGGCCCUGCGGCCGGAGGGUUGCCGGGAGCGUCUGCCGGCGGCGCCUCGCAGUGGCAGGAGCUGCACGAUGACCAGGGCCGCGCAUACUACUACAACGCCACCACCGGCGUCACGCAGUGGGAGCGCCCCGCCGACCUCUGA